AAAGACUUGCAAGGGGUACUGGCGCCGGAAGACCCGCCCAUGUUCCCCUUGAGCAUGCGUAUGGAUCAAACCAGUUUUAUUGAUUUAUUUUGAAGUUUAGAACAGAAAAGCUGUUCGAUUUAUUAAUUACAUUUUUGUAGUUUUUUGGAAGUUCAGUUUUUGGGGGAAUUCUGUUUCCGACCCGCAUAGUAUGUGGCGGGAUGUACAUUAAAUUGUGUGAUCGCCAAUAUACCAGGCACAGAAGAAGAGGUACUCCUUAAUAUCUUUCUAAAGAAGAAGAAGAAGCAGCUGCUACCGGAAAUGAGUAUUUGCUUGCGAUCAGUUCAAUUUGAGCAUGGCAAUGAGAGCAUUUCCACGAGUUCGACUGAUUUAAGAUUCAUACAUGCUUAACGUUAAUAUGGACAGCAGGACAUACUCAUCUUGCUCCUCAUCCUGAUGCUGGAAACAGCACUUUGACUGAUCUUCAUGUGAGCACAGGCGCAGAAGAAAAGCUAGAGCAGGCAAGUUUUUGUAUCUCUGGCGAGUUGAUUUGCAUCUAAAAGCACCAGAAUCGCUUUGGCGGGCCGCCUGCCUGCUGAGUGCUAAUCGGGGAUUGUGAGAAAUGUUGAAGAGUAACCAGCUGGCAAGUCAUCAUUUACCAAACUGACUAUUGCCUUGUUUACCACGUGAGAAAAUGAGUCCAGAGAGGGCAACGUUGUUGGAUGACAUAGCACUGAGUUUAUGGACUUUAACCGAGGAUAAUUUACGUUAUCUAUGCGAGCGGUGUGGAAUAUGUGGCCGAGAUGGGUCUGAAGUCAAAGGAAAGAGUAGACGCUCACUGCGUCGUAAAAUACUGGAGGAAUAUUGUGAGAGUGCUGAUUUAACAGAAUCCGAGGAACAAGGAAUGUCUCGGUUACUACAACUGAAAGAAGACAUCACCGGAAUAGAGGAAGAGGCUAGCGUUGUCCCCACGGGUCCCAGCCAAUCAGCGACAGCGGGCAGCUCACAAGCAUGUUGCCAUGGAGAACAGAAUGAAGUGGGAGGGGGUUGGUUUCCCAGCAGGAAGCUGGAGGCAGAGCCAGUUCCACACUGGCUCAUUAUACCACAGGUGAGAGUGAGGGGGUCUGAGACCAAAUGUACAGAGUCACUGGGUCCUGGUUGUGACGGUGGGCAGCAGGCUCCAGAGAUGGCGUCUUGGCAGUCUCUAAAGAGGUUAACGGUGCUGCUGGAGGACUGCAGGUUUAUGCCGGGCCAGAGAGUCAACAUCAAAGUAGAAGAGGAGGAGGAGAUGAUUUCUGUCUUUGCUGAUGAUGGAAAGAGCUCAAGACCCCAAAAAGAGUCCUCAAAACCCCCCAAAAAGAGAUCUCACAGUUCUCAACGUGAGAAGAGCUCCACAAAACAAUCGAGUCUUAAACGGCACCUGCACUCUGGAGAGACGCCUCCCCGCUGUUCGGGUAGCGAAGAAAGUGUCUCUACUGUGACCUUGUCAAAGAGACCCAAGACAGUCCAUCCUAAAGAGAAGUGUCAGAACUGCUCUGACUGCGGGAGAAGUUUCUCUUCGACAGGAUGUAUCAGGAAACGCAUGCCGUUGUUCCAUUCAGGAGAAAAACCCUUACACUGCCUAGAGUGUAGUAAGAAGUACACUAGAUCAGAUCAGUUGAAAGAUCAUAUGGUUAUAUGCUCUGGUGUGAGACCUUACCAAUGCCCUGACUGUGAAAAACAAUGUCAGGAAGUAUCACAUGCUGUAGUAAAAAGUUCUGAUCCUAAUCACGUGUUAGUACAUUCUGGAGAGAAAUUGUAUCAAUACCCUUACCGUGAGAAGACUUGCACAGCAUCGGACCAUACUCAACAGCUGUACACACACACUGGAGAGACGCCUUACCGUUGUGCCGAUUGUAAUUCAUAUUUCGUCAAUGCGUUACAAUUUAAGAGACAUAAGCAAGAGCACACUGGAGAGAAGCCUCACCUCUGCUCCAAAUGUGAUCUUUGUUUCUUUAUCGAAGAGGAUUUAAAAGCACAUGAGACGAUUCACACAGAGAAGCUUCACCCCUGUUCUGACUGUGGGCAAACAUUUUCUACAGCGCGGUAUUUAACUAAACACAAGCGGAUACAUUUAGGGAUUAAGCCUUUCCGUUGCACGCAAUGUGAAAAAGGGUACACCAAUUCAGAUCAGCUAAAAGUUCAUACGAUGACGCAUACUGGGGAGCGACCGUACCAAUGUGGUCAAUGUAAGAAGAGCUUUAAAACCAAGCCCCAUCUUAAAUACCACCUGUUAAUUCAUGAGGUAGGGAUGUUUCACCACUGCCCCGACUGUGAUCAAAGGUUCUCCGCUGAGGAAACUUUAAAGGAACACAUGCAGGUACACAUGGGGGAGAAACCUUUCCACUGUCUGCAAUGUGAGAAGAGAUACAGUACUUCAGAUGGAUUGACAGAACAUACGAUGACUCAUACUGAUUCUGAUGGGUCACCAAGUACCAGAAAUGUAGGAGAACAAUGUCAGGAAAUGCAUGCCGUCGAAAAAAGUUUAAAUAUUAAUCCACGCCUGCAGGAACAUUCUGUAGAGAACCCUCACCCUCAUAUGUGUCCUCACUGUGAGAAAGGUUUCUCAAAACAAUCGUAUCUUAAAGAACACUUGCUUUUACAUGCUUGCGAGAUAACUUCUCGUACACUGGUAAGGUAUCCGACUUCCAGAAGAUUAAAAGAUCAUCAGGCAAACUCGCCUAUAGAAAGGCCUUGUAUUUGUUCUGACUGUGGAAAGAGCUUUGCUCAACUACGCAGUCUUACUAGGCACCGGCAAAUACACACUGGGGAAAAGCCUCACCAGUGCCCCAUCUGUGAGAAGAGUUUCUACAGGAAAUCUAAUCUUCAACAACACUUGGCAGUACAUGCUGGCAAGAAACCUUACCAGUGCUCUCAUUGUGAGAAGAGUUUUUCAAGACAAUUACAACUUAAGAUACAUAUGUACUCGCACACUGGCGAGCAAAUUUACCAUUGUGCCGAUUGUAAUUCAUAUUUCCUUUAUGCGUUACAAUUCAAGAGACAUAUGCAAGAGCACACUGGAGAGAAGCCUCACCUCUGCUCUGACUGUGGUCUAACCUUCCUUAUCGAAGAGGACUUAAAAGCACAUGAAAGGAUUCACAGAGGAGAGAAGCCUCAUCACUGCUCUGACUGUGGGCGAAAUUUCUCCUCGGCGGGAUGCUUAAAUCAACACAAGCUCUUACAUCUGGGACACAAAUCUUUCCAUUGUGAGCAAUGUGAUAAGAAGUUCUCAAGAUCAAUUCAGUUGAAAGUUCAUAUGUCAAGACAUACUGGAGAGAAACCAUAUCAAUGUUCUGAAUGUGAUAAAAGUUAUUGUCUUUCCAACCUCUUACAAAAACAUCGGAGUAUAACGCACAGGGGAGAAAAACCUUACCUUUGCUCUGACUGUGGAAAGUGUUUUGGUUACCGACACCAACUCAUAGUCCACCAGCGAAUGCACACUGGGGAAAAGCCUUUUGUCUGCUCUGAGUGUGGAAAACAGUAUUCCAAUACAUGUGGCUUGAAGAUACAUCAGCGAACACAUACUGGAGAGAAACCGUACCAGUGUCCCGACUGUGAUCAAUGUUUCAUCCGGGUAGAUUCCCUUAAACACCAUCAAUCAUCAACGCAUACAGGGAAGUGGCCUUUCAACUGCAUUAUUUGUGGAAAAGGUUUUUCGUCGAGCUGUGAGCUAAAAGGCCACAUGCGCAGUCAUAGUGGCGAUAAGCCUUAUCAAUGCCCUGUCUGUGAGAAGCGUUUCACGCUCGCGGGAACCUGUCGAAAGCACCAGAAAACUCACACCGUGAGAGAGAAACCUCACGCCUGUUCUGAAUGCGGAAAGAGUUUUGUAAAUGUACAAAGACUAAAGGUACACAAGAGAGUACAUACUGGUGAGAAGCCAUACCACUGCUCCGACUGUGGGAAGAACUUCACUCAAUUGACAAGCUUAAAUAGGCACAAGGUCAAACAACACAAAAGUAUAUAGAAAAAAAGCAGACUGAGUGGCGCAGUGGUCUAAGGUACUGCAGUGCUAGCUGUGCCACUAGAUAUUCUGGGUUCGAGUCCUGCCUCUGUCGCGACCGGGAGACCCGUUGGCCAAGCGUCGUCCGGGUUAGGGGAGUGUUUAGCCGGCAGGGAUAUCCUUGUACCAUCGUGCCCUAGCGACUCCUGUGGCGGGCCUGGCGCAGUGCAUGCUGACACGGUCGCCUGGUGUACGGUGUUUCCUCCGACACAUUGGUGCGGCUGACUUCUGUGUAACUUCUGGGUAAUGUGGGCGUUGUGUCAAGAAGCAGUGCGGCUCUCGACCUUCGCCUCUCCUGAGUCUGUACGGGAGUUGCAGCGAUGAGACAAGACUGUAACUAAUAAUUGGAUACAACAAAAAGGGGUAACAAAAAAUUGGGGGGAAACUGAACAUGGCCAAGGAAAGCAUCACUGCUGCUACCAUCCAGUUCCUUCAAAGUCCCGCUCCUUGACUUUUUACACAUUUUGUGUUAUAGCCUGAAAUUUUAAAAAAUGUAUUAAAUUGAGACUUUUUCACAC